GGAGAAGACGUAGGCGGUGCUAACACGCGAGCCCCGCGACGCUGCUGUGUUUACUUCCGUUAAUAUUUCCAUCCGCCGAACGACAACAAGAAAGGACGAAAAACGACAACCAAAAGGAUUGUCAUCCCUCGACAAGGUAGGAUGCCUUUCUUGGGCAAGGACUGGAGGUCGCCAGGAUGGAGUUGGACCAAGACUGAACAUGGCUGGAAAAGGAUCAUCUUCUAUGGACAUGACAUGGACGAGAUCCACAGAGAGAUCGAAUUUACCUGCGACGACAAAGAAAAUCUAUUCGUGGAGGACAUUUGUGAGCUUGCUAGCGUCAAAAGGCGGAAGAACAUCUACAAUCACAACACCAAAUCUCAGUUUGUUUUCAGGGAUAAAUGGAUCUACGUGCAGAAAGGCAGCACAAAGGAGCGUCAUGGAUAUUGCACCCUUGGCGAAGCGUUGAACCGCCUGGACUUUUCCAGCGCCAUCCACGACUUGAGGAGGUUCAACUACGUGGCAAAACUUUUUCAGUUAAUUGCCAGAUCCCAGCUGACAUCCUUGAGCGGAGCCGCCCAGAAGAAUUAUUUUAACAUUUUAGAAAAGAUUGUACGAAAAGUUGUGGAGGACCACUACAACCCGCGGCUGGUCAAGGAGCUCCUGCAAGAUUUGAGCGCGACGCUACACAGUCUGACGCUGCACGUGGGCCGAUGCGUACUGGUGGGCAACGUCAGUGUGUGGCUGUGCCGGCUGGAGAAUAUUCUCAAGUGGCAGCAGCAGCUCAAUGACCUGCAGAUUCCCAAGCAAAUGUGCCCUGGCAUGUCGAUAAGCGACCUGCCGCUGUACAUGCAGAACAAGAUCCUGUACAACCUUUCAGACGCCUGUGACAUCAUCAACCUGGGACAGGCCACACCCACGCUGCACAUCCUCAGCGAGAACCGCACACUUUGGAAGCGGCUGUGCCAUUUCCACUUCUCCGACAAGCAGCACACGUCUCGGAAUUUGGUUCUCACUAAAAGCGAUAGCGUGGACUGGAAGCUGAUGUACUUCACCCUGCAAAAGCGUUACCCCAUGAAGGAGCAGUACGGCGACACGUUGCACUUCUGCAAGCAUUGUAGCAUUCUCUUCUGGAAGGAUCACCACUUGGCCUUAUUGUUAAAGGACUGUGGCCACCCGUGCACCGCCAACGACCCGGACGGCUGCCUCGUACCGAUUUCGCCGCAACACUUCAUCGAUCUGUUCAGGUUCUAGAUCCUUCCUUCCCUUUUGUCGCGCUCCGAUCAUGUUUACCUUCAAAACAAAAGGGCUUCAAACUGCGCACAACUGUUACCGCGGCGACAGGGAAGAAUUCCUAGUAAUUAGUAUGUUGCGGAAUAUUUUUUGCACAAAUAUACGAAGGUCAAAGACUUCAAAUAUACAUGUACAAAAGUGUAAAGUGAGUUUUAGCAUGGAAGUUGUGAUGCGUAUAUUGUCUUUUUAAGAGAGUUUUUAGAACUAUUGAUCGAUUAACAGAUUAUUAUGACGCUCAUUCCUCUUCUAAUGUUUUAAACGGUGGUCAUGUUAUUUUUUUUCUGUCCCGUUAUAGCAAAACGCAUGCGUCCGUUACGUAUUUUUUAGAGUUGUGAAAUGGAAAAAUGUUAUUUAAGGGUGUUGGGGAACUUUUGUAUCCUUCUAUGAACAUUUUGUAUGAUGUAUUCCUUCCUGUUCAUUGUGUUUCCAUGAUAAUAUUUUGCCUUUGUCUUUGGGACAGGAAGUAGUGUAAUUAAAUGAUUAAAUAUUUAUCAAAAAUUUGAUGUCUUUUUUUUGUAAAGAUGUAGCUAAUUCAAGCUAGCAAGUAUGAUUCUCAAUCUUAUUCAAGCAUCGUAAUGAUGGAAAUCCGUCAGCAGAGGGCGCAAAAGGUCAAUCACGAGAUUGACGAAGAUCAGCGGGAACAACAGUUAGGCUGCCCUGUGAUUAAUUUCAUAAGCAUUAGUGAUUGUUACAGUUGUUGUGGAAUCCUGUAUUGUCAUAUUUUUUGUACAUUAGAAGGUUUCUUGUUCUCAGACAAAUUACAUACAGAAAAUACACAAAAAAGUCACACAUUCACCUGGAAAAAAAAACACCAAAACCAGAAAAAUAAUCACAAAGAACAAAAAAAAAAAAAAAUCAUUGAAA